ACAAUGGCUGCUUGCGCUUGUUGUAUGCUAUAUUUCUCAUAGCAACUCGGCCACCAGCUAGAAAAGGGAACCGAACAGGCGGUUUGAGAUUCAAACAUGGCAGCGGCUACGAGUGUUGUUGUGCUAGACAGAGGGAACAACACGACAUGCACCAUCAACUUGCACGGUGCAACGGUCGUUUCUUGGCGAGUGAAUAAUCAAGAGCAGUUAUUUGUAAGCAAGCAAGCAAUAUUUGAUGGAAAGAAGGCAAUUCGUGGUGGGAUUCCCUUUGUCUUCCCCCAGUUUGGGCAGUGGAGCUUUGGACCACAGCAUGGUUUUGCCCGCAUCAUACGAUGGAACUUGGAAAAGGCCCCUGAGCGCCUGCCUAGUGGCGAUGUGGAAGCCAUCUUCUCCAUCAUGGACAGUGAGUUCACACGCUCCAUGUGGAACUAUCCGUUCCGCCUCACGUACAGGCUGAUCUUGAGAGAGAAGGAGUUGCACUUCAACAUAGGGGUGUACAACCCUAGUAAGGAGCUUACAUUCAGCUUCAACUUGUUGUUACACACAUACUUCAAGGUGCCUGAUGUGCGGCGUUGCCAGAUCACCGGCCUGCACGGCUGCACAUUCAUCGAUAAGUCAAGAGAGGGUGCAAUUUUCCAAGAGGGUCGCGAUGUGGUGACCAUCUCUGAGUGGACUGAUCGCAUUUAUCAGAACACUCCCCAAGAGCACAUCAUCACGAAUGUUGUGUCAGGCCGGAAGAUGAGGAUACAGAAGUAUAACUUCCCAGACACAGUUGUAUGGAACCCGUGGGUGGAGAAAGCAAAGGAGAUUUCAGACUUCGGUGAUGACGAGUUUCCCAACAUGGUCUGUGUGGAGUCAGGCCAUGUGUCUAGCCCCGUUAUCUUGCUGCCAGGAACAGCGUUCGAAGCCAGCCAGAUACUGCAGGUGAUGUGAGUGGAGGGCGGGGCUGCAGGGGGCCCAGGGGGGCGGAGAGGGGCUGCUGGCCGCUUGUCACAGCUCCAGCAACAACAACAACCACCACCACCACCACAGUCACAGCAGGUGGUGAACCCCUCUCCUUCCACCUCAUCUGCAGGGGGGGACAACCUGCUGGCGUCUCCCUCCCCUGUGUGGCCCCCCGCCCCGUGGCUCGCUCUGAACAACGUGUAUGUGGGCGAGAUGCUGCACCAUCGCCUCCUGCUGGAGCAGCGCAGCAAGGGAGCAGGUCAGCAGCCGCCCGAACAACACCAUCACCCGCACCAGUGUGCCCCUCAGACCUCCUGCAGCAUCUGCUCCCUCAACCUGUAGUGCACGGGAGAAACCCGGGUUGUACGGACACAGAACUGAAAUUUGGUUUUGUUCUUCCCCACAAAAUUUGUUUCCAAAAUUUAUUUUCUUAUUUAUUUUUAUUUAUAGUUUGCAUGAUGACGUCCACUCCUGAUGGCGUUGGUGGCAUGGCGAGUGUCCGUACAACCUCGUGCCACAGUGACUCGGACAGUGAUACAGACUCUGGAGCUUACAAUUUGGUGCUGGUGUCAAUGAGGAAUUCUUAAAGAGUUAACAGCCUGCACAUUACAAUUUGUAAAAAGGUUCAUCUGCAGUUUGAGGUGAGACAGGUUCCACAUGACAGAGAAUCGACACAUAUUCGACUCACAGUUUCUCACUUCCUGUUUCAUAAGCAGGUUUCUAGUAUCAACAGUGUUUCCAACUGUUGCACCCUGAAAUACAGUUCUUGAAACAUAGAGGAAAUCUACGUUCAUAUUGUAGAUGACAGACAAGGCACACAAUGUGCAAUAUUUUGCACAUCACUUAGAGCGUUUCCCAUGGUGAGUGGUGUUCAGAUCCAAAAACCAGUUUCACUCAGCAACUGCAAAUGACGUCAAUGACAUUCGGACGCUUCUUUCAUAGUGUGCUCUGUGUAGUAUUUUGCUUCCCUGUGCAGAUAGAUUGGUGUUGGGAGAGCCUUUGGUUCAGAUAUAUCUAAGAGUUAUAAAAACUCCUGUGAUGGACUGCAGUAUCAGACACACUGUGUACAGUCUCGCCACUCAGCACACACUCACAUGUGCUCAUCUUGGCUAUGUAUGCCUUGAAUCCAAAGGACUGAAUUUUCCAGUUGAGUAAUGCAAUGCAAGUCUUUUGUUGCUGUGACUGAAGGAUAAGAAAUGAGCCUUGGUUGUUGUUUUUUUGUAUGCAUUUUUCUAAAGAUUGCCCACACAAUUAAAGCAUAGGGGAAAAUUCAGAAACAAGUGAAAAUGUCUUGCAGUGACAUGAAUCCAUUUGGAUUAUUCUUGCUGAUCCUCUUGAUAAAAAAAGAUCAGUCUAUAUAGAUGCAUUUUGUAAUGGGAAAGGUUAAAUAUGUUGCCUGCAUUGCAGGAGUACGGUCUGUUAUGGGCAUUGUGGUACUCCUGUCUCACAGCACUGUGUUAUCAGGGUUGUGUCACUGUCCAUCAUGUUGGCUCUCCUGUCUUACUCUGAUUUUCUGAUAGUAAUAAAUAGUUUAUAGUUAUAAUAAUAAUAAUAAUGAUAUUAAUAAAUAUUGAUGAUAUAGAAUUUUUCUAUUAAAGUACAGAUUAGCUAGGAGUUGAUGUGUGUGCCUCCAGAACAUUGUAGUAUUAUUACCACAAUGCAAGUUGAUACUAGUGCUGCAACAUCAUUCCAUUCCCGAGUACAACUUUUAUGGAAAAACGACUGGAGCGGGUUACGAUCUUGGUCAUAGUUUAAACACAACUCACCAAAUUUGGUCAGGAAUAUAUUUUUUGUUUACAUUAUCUCAGACAUUAGGGUUUCAGGGAAGUUUGAUCCUGUAAACCUCCUCCCACAAUGUGUCCAGGGCUGUAGCAUGACUGUCACAUCACAUACCCGUAAGAUUGUGCAUCAUUACACCUCGAUGAUGCUCCUAGAAAAUCGGUGCCGUCUACUUUCUGCCCUACUUUCAAGUGAUAACUGUAUGUGGUCUUUAAAACAAUUUGCUUAAAUCACCAACAGUCCACGCAGUGUUGUAUUUUUCUGCUAGUAGCCAGCUUGCA